AUGGAUCUAGUUAAUUUAGAAUUAUCUAAAGGUUUAACUUCGGUACCCAAAAAACAAUAUGGGGUAACUCCACCAAUAUCAGAAGCUAUGGCAACCCCUCAAGAUUAUAAAUUAACAGAAAACUUAAUAAUUGCAAUGAGACAGGAAAAUUUGUAUGAAACUGUAGAAGGUAUGAAAAAAAGAGAAUAUGUAUUAGCAUCUCUAAAUAAAUUGGUAAGAGAAUGGAUAUAUGAAGCAAGUUUAGAACAUAGUAUGAAUGAGGAGGAAGCACUUUCUGCAGGAGGAGGAAUCUUUACGUUCGGAUCAUAUAGGUUAGGGGUUGUAGCAGCAGGAUCUGAUAUUGAUACAUUAUGUAUAGCACCAAGACAUAUUUCAAGAGAAUCAUUCUUUUCUUUUUUUUUAGCAAAGUUACAACAAGAUAUUAAUGUAUCAAAAGUACAACCAGUCCCAGAUGCUUAUACACCAAUUAUCAAAAUGGUAUACCAUGGAAUGGAAAUGGAUUUACUAUUUGCAUGUUUAAAUUUAUCAAGAAUCCCAAAUGAUUUAAAUACUUUAGAUGAUGAAUUACUUAAAAAUGUGGAUGAAAAAACAGCGAGAUCACUGAAUGGGUGCAGAGUAAAUGAUAUGAUAUUACAGCUUGUACCAAAUAAAGAAUCAUUUCGAACAGCUCUGAGGUUUGUAAAACAUUGGAGCAAAGCAAGAGGAAUAUAUAGUAAUGUACUUGGAUAUUUAGGAGGAAUAUCAUGGGCAAUAUUGACAGCAAGAAUUUGUCAAUUAUACCCUAAUGCUGCUCCAAGUCAAAUAAUUAAUCGAUUUUUCUAUAUUUAUAAAACAUGGCAAUGGAAGAAUCCCGUUAUACUUUGUGAGAUAAAAGAGGUGCCUAAAAACACUCCAGGAUUAAUGGGUUUUAGAGUAUGGAAUCCUAAUUUGAAUCCACAAGAUAGAGCUCAUGUAAUGCCUAUAAUCACACCAGCAUUUCCUUCAAUGAAUUCAACACAUAAUGUUACACAUACAACUUUAAGAGUAAUCACAGAUGAACUUCAGAGAGGCUAUCAAAUAAUUCAAGAUAUAGAGAAUGAUAAGGCAACUUGGUAUGAUGUUUGGUCACCAUUUUUAUUUUUUGAAAAGCAUAAACAUUUUAUACAGGUAAAAAUGUUGUCAAACAAUGAACAAGCUUUUCAUAAAUGGAUUGGAUGGAUUGAAAGUAAAUUAAGAUUCUUAGUUAGAAAACUUGAGACAUUUAAAGGUCUUCAAGUUAGGCCUUGGCCAAAAGCAAUUCAAGAGCAAGAUGAAGCUAAAGAUGGAUUUAGUUUUGCUCAAAGUAUGUAUAUAGGCUUAGUUUUGAAUAAUAACAACAAUACCGGACCUACUGGAGUUACUACUGGGAUUUCCGGAUCUUCGGAAACUGCUCCUGUUGUAGAUUUAAGAGGAGCAAUACUCGACUUUGUUGGGUUUAUUAUGAAUUGGAGUGAAGUUGAAAAUUAUAAAGAUUCUAUUGAUUUAAAGGUUAGACAUUUGAGAGCCAAAGAUCUUCCUAAGCACCUUAGAGAACAAUCCAAAGCUAAUGCUAGAGCUACUAAUAAGACUAGCACCAAUAAUAUAAAUGUGAACUAUUCAGUGAAGGAAACUCCUUCAAGUUUUGUUUCUUCGCAACAAUCAACAAGCUCUUCUAAUAAAAGAGUCAGAAAUGAGGAUGAACUAACUAGUAGUAUUACUGGAGAUUCUACCUUAAAUAAUAGCAUUAAAAACCAAUUAAAUAAUAGUCAUGAUCUAAACAAUGAUACUAACAGCAUUAUGAGAACAGAUUCUCAAUGUGAAGAUGAAUUUGCUAAUAUUAGUAAAAAACUUAAAGUACUACCUUUAAAGACCCCAAAUAUAAUUUCAAAUGAUUCAGAAACUUUAUGCAUAGGAAAUAGUGGUGAUAAAGAAAAAGAAUUUUGUGAAAUUGGUAGUAGUAACAUUCCAAAAAUGACUAACUCUAAUAAUUUAAAUGGAGCCAAAAAUCCAAAUGUAGUUUUGAAUCAAAUUAAAAGUAACAAUAUCAGACAACCUUUUACAUUGAGAAUAAAUAUGUCAAAAAAAAAGUGA